AAAGAAAGAGAGGGAGAGAGAGAAAGGCGGAUCGCAGUCAAUAUUGACGCUUGCACGCGGAGAAGGAUGUGAGGGAGAACUGUUAGAAGCUGCCAGUAGUUGUCGAUCGCCUAACAGAGACUGCCGCGAACAAAAGCGUCUGCACCCGUCAUACGUCACACGAGUGGUGAAACAUCGCUCAUAUAUAAUGCGCGCAGAAGGCACCGUGUUAGGGUUCCACUGUUAUUCACUCUAACACGAAUCUUUUUGGUUGCUGUCUGGGCGCUGCCGUGCGUAGUUCGUAGCAAGAUUUGCCGGAUCGUAGUUCUUGACAAGGAUUGUCGGAUCGUAGGUUGUGACGAGAAUUUCCGGAUCGGAUCGUAGUUCUUGUCAAGGAUUGUCGGAUCGUAGUUCUUGACAAGGAUUGUCGGAUCGUAGUUCUUGACAAGGAUUGUCGGAUCGUGGUUCUUGACAAGGGUUUCCGGGUCGUACGUGGUACAACGCGACUUCCUAGGUAAUCGGCGUGGGGAGAGGAGAAGGCGACACCAUGGAUUCAUCUCUGCUUGCAGUCUCGCUGUUGCUGCUGCUAGUGCCACUGUGUUCAACUGCUGACUAUGGGCAAUCCCGACCCGGUGGACCGUUUCAGAAUGCUCCUAUCUUUAACCCUUACACAUCGCACGGCCACAAAGGUGUGAGUGUGGCGCCCCCUGGUGGCCACAAUACGCACCAGGGCAAUGACUACGACUCCUUGCUACCGCAAAACUAUGGAGAUGGUCAUGAGAUUGGACAUGGUAGUGGUUCACACGGUGGCUCAGGCCCACAGCUGAGGUGCCGACUACCCCCGUCGUUCGGAACCUGCAGUGGUAAUGUGCUGAAGUGGUACUACAGUACGGCCUCUAGGAUCUGUCAGGUGUUCACAUGGAGCGGAUGCAGCGGUAACCCCAACAAGUUUGAUACGAAGAGCCAGUGUGAGCGCGUCUGCAAGAAAGGAGAUGGAGGUAGUGGAUGUGGAUAUCAUAGUUGUAAGAACGGAGGGACAUGCGUGUCAGGUAGCCACUACGGGGGCACCGCCUGUAUUUGUCGUCAUAGCUACACAGGGAAGAAGUGCGAACAUCACAUCGGCACAAGCAACUGUAACUACAAUCCAUGUCAGAACGGAGGAACAUGCUUUAGCACUGGCCUCACUGGCGCCACCUGCUUCUGUCGCCCUGGUUUCCAUGGUGAUAGGUGUCAGUAUUACACCGGCGGGGAUACCUGCAUACCAAAUCCGUGCCAAAAUGGAGGCACUUGCUAUACCAGGGCUGGAAGCGUCGUGUGCAUAUGCAAAAUCGGUUACCAUGGAAAUCGUUGCCAAACAUCUGGUACGGUAUGCGACCCAAACCCAUGUCGGAAUGGCGGAGCUUGUCAGCCCAGCAUUACUGGCAGCUAUACGUGCGCAUGCGCACCUGGCUACACGGGAGAUGUCUGCGAAUGCGAAGAGAGCUGCAAUGUGAUCGUCUGCCUCAACGGCGGCACGUGUGGAGAAUUCAGUGGAGGUACGCCGCAAUGCGUCUGUACUGGCAUCUACACGGGAGAGCACUGCGAGACAGUGAUUGGAUCGACGGCAUGUGACUCCAACCCCUGCCUGAACGAUGGAACCUGCGUUAGCCCUAGCGUCAAUAGAUUCUACUGCCGAUGCAAGGCGGGAUACUUUGGCAAUCUUUGCCAGUUCGGCACGGGCAGUACGUGUACCGACGUUAAUCCAUGCAAGAACGGAGGAACGUGUAUACCGAUCGGAAAUGGAUUCGUCUGCAACUGCCCCGCUCCGUACACAGGAGUGAUCUGUGAAUUCAUGACAGGCAUCUCGUGUAACAAUGAGACCUGUCUGCAUGGCGGCACCUGCCUCGUCAUCGGUGACAUCAUCAAGUGUUUCUGCACGACACUAUGGACGGGAACGUUCUGCGAGUCUAGACUGGAUCCCUGCGAUAGUAACCCGUGCCUCAACGGAGGUACCUGCGUGCCAUUCGGGCAGAGCAGCUACAGGUGUGAGUGUCGCAAUGGCUUCACCGGAUUCAUCUGCCAGACUCUCCCCAACAAGAAUGGCACCGACAUCUUUCCAUUCUUCACUCGCACUACCCCUCGAUUUGCAAUAGACUUUCCCUAGCACUAGAACUGACUUUCUCUAAAACGUAAAGCAACUGCUCUUAAAAUCAGAGUCAAGGUUAAGAGUAAGUACGAUAAGAACGUUAAAUUACUUACCCUAAAACUACAUUUGAUUUUCACUAGAAGUGUCUGGCCUGAUUUUAAAAUUGAACUGAUAUUUCGGAUGGUAGAAGCAGGGGGCGACUUUUGUGGUUGGUCACUGUUUGACCAUGUCCGGUCCACCUGCUAACGUGAUUGGAUCCAAGACUUGCUAGCGAGAAUUGAGAACUGUUCAGCGAAUGAUUUUAUAGUGAUUACAAACUGUGGGCUUUUAAAGAAAUUAACAAUAAUUAAUGCUUUUUGAAACGAAGAAGUAAUCACACCCUGAAGGCUUAGAUGUUUUAUGAUAAGGAUGAUGAUGGAGGAUUAUGAUAAGUUGAACGAAGAAUAUGUAUACUGUAUUCAUAUUGAUGAUAUUAAUCUAAGUAGAAGUAUUUAAUUUGAAAAUUAAGAGACACGUGCUUCUCAGCGUUGUUAAACCAAACAGAAAACUAGUUGUUACAUUUGUUGGGUAUAUCAAAUCAUCAUAUUUAUUAUAUGCAAACACUUUUAUUACGUUACAUUCUUUUCUUUCUGUAGGUGUUUAGAAGGUAUGUUUGUUAUUAUAUUAAAACUCUUUAUCAUGAA